AUGUUGAACAAACGUAUCGUUGUGCUUGGCGCAGGUGUCUCAGGAUUAACCACGGCUACUUUGCUCUUACAACAAGAAAAAGCGAUUAAAGUUCAUAUAGUUGCAAAGCAUUUUCCAGGAGAUUUAUCUGGCGAAUACACGAGUCCUUGGGCUGGUGCACAUUGGAGGAGCCAUGCUGCGAAAGAUAAAAUCAGAGAGCAAGAAUUUGAUAGAGAAACCUAUAACUAUUUUUGGAAAAUUGCUAAUACACCAUAUUCUGGAGUCAUGAUUAUUGAUGAGUUUGAAUAUUGGGAAAAACUUCCACAAGAUUUCUCCGAUCCGUGGUUCAAAACAUUAUGUCAUGAGUAUCGACAUUUAAGAAAAGAGGAGCUGCCAGUUGGUGUCGAAUUUGGAUUCACAUACAAAUCAAUUUCUAUUGAUCCAUCAACCUACCUUAACUAUCUUCUCAAUAAUUUCACCUCUUUGGGUGGUACCACACAACGUGCCAACUUAUCUCACUUAAAUGAAUGUAUCGAUAGUGAUACCGAUAUUGUGGUCAAUUGUUCGGGCAUUCAUGCCAGAACAUUAGGUGGUGUCGAAGAUUCUGACGUUUUUGCAGCGAGGGGCCAAACUGUGAUCGUACAAUUACCUCAAUCAUAUAUGAAUUGGGCUUUUUUUAAGCGAGAGGCUAAUGGAGAAAGUACAUACGCAAUACCGCGCGAUAAUGGAGAAGUAACUCUUGGUGGGACUUAUGAAGAAGAUAAUUAUUCGACAGAUGUUGAUUAUGACGCCGCUGCAGCAAUUAUUCAUCGAUGUCUCGCCACUCGUCCGGAUCUCUUGCCAAAGGAUCAACCUCACCCAAUCAUCAAGAUGCACGGAGUUGGUCUUCGACCUUGUCGUAAAGGUGGCGUAAGGGUUGAGACCGAAUGGACGACUUCUGAAAAAUUCGGCAAAAAAAUACUCAUUUGUCAUAAUUACGGUCAUGGGGGGUCUGGAUAUGAAUCGAGUUAUGGUACUGCUCAAAGUGCGUUAAAAAUCAUGAAAGAAAUUCUACAGAGUUAA